GUCUCCUCCCCAAGGAAGGGGUCCUGGGAGCCUGGUGCAGCCCGCUGCCCAACUCUGGGCUCUCUUCCAAGCAUCCUGCAGCUGCUUUGCAAAGGGGGCUGCGGAUCGGGAGGGCAGGGAAUUGGGUCUGGGGUCUCUAAGGUGGAGGGUGCUGGAGACGGAUUUUGCUCGGCUCUGGUGCUUGCUCCUCCAAAGGAAGUCUGGCUUAAGGGCUUUGGGGGUCACCAAGGGAGGCUGGUUGUGCCACUGACUGGUCACAACUGGAGGGGGGAGCACAGCAGCCCUGUCCUCCCGGGAUGGAGAGACCUUCCUCUGGAGCCCCUGACUCAAGCAGGAAGAGAGAGAGAGAAGCAGCUUUCGGUUCUGCUUUCUCCCCGCAGGGAUUUUGAGGAGUGGGAGAUCUGAAGUGGCCUCGGAGGAGGGAUGGAUACCGAGAGAGGGGAGGACGGCGAACUCCGGCUGAUCCUGGUCGGAAAGUCGGGCAGUGGGAAGAGUGCCACUGGCAACACUAUCCUUGGCCGGAGGGCAUUCGAGUCCAUCUUGGAGGCCAAGACCACCACCCUGAGGUGCCAAAGGGGCCAGGGAAGCUGGAAGGGCACGAAGAUAGUCGUCAUCGAUACGGCCGCCAUGUUUGAUUCUGAAGACUACAAUGAGAUUCUACAACGGGAGAUCAUGACUUGCGUCGAGCUCUCCUGGCCCGGUCCCCAUGCCCUGAUCUUGGUGACUCAGACGGGACGCUUCACUGCCGAAGAUGCGGCUGCCGCAAAAUGUGUCCAGGAUAUUUUUGGACCAGAGUCCACCAGGCACACGAUCGUCCUAUUCACCUGUGUGGAGGAUUUGGGUGGAAACUCCCUGCAGGAGUAUGUCCGAAAGUCUGACAACUUGCGAGGCCUGAUCCAGCAGUAUGGAAACCGCUUCUGUGGGUUCAACAACAAGGCCACGGGAGCUGAGCAGGAGAGGCAGGUCUCAAAGUUGAUGGAGAUGGUGCAGAGAAUUGUUUUCGAGAAUGAGGGAAGAUGCUACAUCAACCAGCUGUACUUGGAGCCCAACUUACGGGACAACCACGUCUGUCUGUUCGUCAAGCAGAACCGAAAACCAUACCGAUCGAUCCUGUUCUUGGUUCCAUUCCGGUUCACCUGUUGGGUUUGCCAAAAGAUGUACUCCCUUAUGCAAAUAGUAUUUGUUAUGGUGUAUCGCUGCUUUUUCCAUCGCACGGCGUUUUCGCUUUCCGGUCCCAGGCGCCGGACAGCCGCCCUGCACACAGGGGAGCCUUUGCUCUCGCUCUUGAGGCGCGCAACAAGAAUUCCCCCCCGCCCCCCCCUCGAAGUUGCGCGGAUCCCGAGCGCGAAGGGGGCCACGGAGGGCCAUGGAGGUGAAGCAAUGGAAGAAGGGGACGAUGCUGAACUCCGGCUCAUCCUGAUUGGAAAGUCCGGAGGUGGGAAGAGCGCCACGGGCAACACCAUCCUCGGAGACUGUGUGUUCAAGUCUGCACUGGCGGCAAAAACCACCACCGUGGAGUUCCAAAAGGAACAGGGAACCUGGAAGGGCAGGAAAAUUUCUGUCAUUGACACACCAGCUAUUUUCAAUUCUGAAGAGAUGGAGAAAUCCCUGGAACCACAGCUGGAAAACUGCCAAUCAGGUCUCCAUGCCUUCAUUUUGGUGACCCAGGUGGGACCCUUCAUGGCUGAAGACAUGGCGGCUGCCAAGCGCAUCCAGAAAAUAUUCGGGGACGAGUCUGCCAGCCGCACAAUCAUCCUGUUCACCCGCAAGGAGGAUCUGGGAGGGAAUUCCCUGAAGAAGUACGUUGAAGAAGCCAAGAACAAAAAUCUGUCUGAGCUGAUGAAGAAGUGCAACCAUCGCUUGUGCGGGUUCAACAACAAGGCUGAGGGUGACGAGCGGGAGAAGCAGGUCUCUGAGCUGAUGGAGAUGGUUGAGGAGAUUGUCAAAGAGAAUCAAGGGAAGCCCUAUUUCAUCCCACAAGGGGACGAUGCUGAACUCCGGCUCAUCUUGGUCGGAAAGUCCGGAGGUGGGAAGAGUGCCACGGGCAACACCAUUCUGGGCCGACCGGACUUCAAGUCCCUCUUGGCGGCAAAAACUACCACCGUGGAGUUCCAAGAGGGACACAGAACCUGGAACGGAAGGAAAAUUUGUGUCAUCGACACGCCAGCUAUUUUCGAUUCCAAACAGGUGGAGAAAUCCCUGGAAAAACAGCUGGAAAACUGCCAUCAGAUGUGCCAAUUAGGUAUCCAUGCCUUCAUUUUGGUGAUCCAGGUGGGGCGCUUCAUGGUUGAAGAUGCAGUGGCUGCCAAGUGCGUCCGGAAAAUCUUCGGGGACGAGUCCGCCAGCCGCACGAUCAUCCUGUUCACCUACAAGGAGGAUCUGGGAGGGAAUUCCCUGAAGAAGUACGUUGAAGAAGCCAAGAACAAAAAUCUGUGUGAGCUGAUGAAGAAGUGCAACCAUCGCUUGUGCGGGUUCGACAACAAGGCUGAGGGAGACGAGCGGGAGAAGCAGGUCUCUGAGCUGAUGGAGAUGGUUGAGCAGAUAGUCAAAGAGAAUCAAGGGAAGCCCUAUUUCAUCCCACAAGGUUCAGAAAAAUCAAAUCUUCGUUCAAAAAUAUCUAAUUGGGGGGAAAAAAUCAAAACAUUGAGAUAGAUCAUUUUGGGAGCUAGUUCCUCUGCUUUUUGCAUGACCCCUCUUCCCUCUCUACUUCUCCCCGGUGAUGGCCGGAGGGGGAUGCAUCCAGAUCCCAGUACAUGUGUGUAUUCCUGUCUCCCCUCAUGGCUGGUGAGCCGCCAUGGGAUACAGCUGUCAGGGUGGUGAGGUUUUCUCUGGCCUUCAAGGGGGACCGUCUGGGAUUCUCUUUCUACGCAAAAGGGCUGCUCUGCAGGCUCUGCUUGGCAGGCAAUCCCAGUGGCAAAAGGCCCUGUGAAUGUGCAGAUGGGGACACCCGGCCUGCAAGUUGGUGUUGCUAGUCGCCUCCGCCACAUCUUGUGCGGUUCCUAUUUUGGUGGGUGUUGGGAUGAUGACUCCCAUGGUUCCCAGCAAAUGUCACAAAGAACCGCCAUCUCUAGCUGGUCCCUUUAAAGCAGGGAUCCCCAACCCAUGGAAUGUGGCCCACUACCGGGCCGUGGCCUAAUUGAAACCAAGUCACAGGCCAGCACACAUGCACACACAACUCAACUCACAUGAGCGCUGGGCUGAUGGACACAAGUGUGCCGCUCGACUCGCACGAGCAGCAGGCUGGUGUGCACAUGUAUAUAGACGCAGCUCAGUUCACAGUAAAACUGGCUGUGCGUGCCAGCCCCAUCGCUUGCACGAGUCGAGCUGCAGGAACACCAGCCCGCUGCUCACACGACCCAGUUCCCCUCCCCCAGAAGGGAUGCUAAGCAGAGAAGUUCCGCUAAUAUCAAACUCACCGUCAAAGUUUUGUUUAGUUGUAAACUAUGGAAAAAGAUGGAAAGGUUCUGACCUAGGCUUCUUGAGAAAGGAUAAAUCUCAAUCUUCGUCCCAAACAACCUCUUUUAUUGAGAUGGCUGUGCAUUAUGGUCAUUCACAGCCGGUAAGGAUUCACAAGCAGUCUGUGAAGAUUCCGACAGAUGUCUGCUUGAGUUGACUCAGUCUUUCAGGGUAAUGUUGAUAAGCACCCACCUUUAUCUCCCUUGAAAGACUGCCAGAGACCUAAAUGUCAAUUAGUUUUGAAAGGCCAAAUGGAGCACAGAGUCAAACUGACUUCUCAGAGCUUGAAUUGACUAUAUCAACUAAUUGCUUCCUACAAAGGCUCACGUCUGUUUGGUCCUCUUUUAUUAUUAUUAUUAUUAUUUAUUACAUUUCUAUACCGCCCUUCUCCCGAAGGACUCAGGGCGGUGUACAGCCAAAAUAAAAACAAACAAUACAAUAUACAAUUAAAACAAAAUUAAAAAACUUAUUACACAAUUGGCCGAGAACUUUAAAACAUUUAAAAUUCUAAAAACCCAUUAAAAUUCAUAUAAAAUUUAGAAAUAUGAAAUAUAAAUUUAAAAAUACAACAAAAUUUAAGCCAGCCCCACGCGAGUAAAUAAAUACGUUUUCAAUUCGCGGCGAAAGGUCCGAAGGUCAGAUAUUUGGCGUAGACCAGGGGGAAGUUCGUUCCAGAGGGUAGGAGCCCCCACAGAGAAGGACCUUCCCCUGGGGGCCGCCAGCCGACACUGUUUGGCGGAUGGCACCCUGAGAAGUCCCUCUCUGUGUGAGCGUAUGGGUUGGUGGGAGGCAUGAGGUAACAGUAGACGGUCCCGUAAGUACCCAGGCCCUAAGCCAUGGGUACUUACGUCUUUAUGUCUUAUGGGAGAGGCCAAUCAUCUCCAAGCCUUACUCCUGAGUCACCCUUUUUUUUCUUAAUUGUUCUUGCUUCGGGCAGCUCUGCACAUGUACACACUGGGAACGGGAUCACACUGUUCUUCUGCCUCGCUGAUGUCAGAUUCUGGAGGUAACACAUAACUACCAGAUGGCCCUGGCCCUCUUUCUGCCUCUGAUGCAGAACCCUUGUCUGAAUCUUCCCCAGACUCCAGGACUGGCCCAUGUUCCUCCCCAACCUCCUCGCUGUCUGAAUCUGCUGCCGGCUGUGCUGGCCGCUGGUGGGCCACAACAGAUUUUGGAUAGAUUUUUUUUUAUUUAUUUACAUUUAUAUCCUACCCUUCUCCAAAGACUCAGGGCGGCUUACAGUGUAUAAGGCAAUAGUCUCAUUCUAUUUGUAUAUUUACAAAGUCAACUUAUUGCCCCCCCAACAAUCUGGGUCCUCAUUUUACCUACCUUAUAAAGGAUGGAAGGCUGAGUCAACCUUGGACCUGGUGGAGCUUGAACCUGCAGUAAUUGCAGGCAGCUGUGUUUUGGUAUUGGAUAUUGGAAUAUGUUUGCCCACAGGAAUAAUGUCUUACUCUGUAAUCUACGAAUCGUUCUCUGAAAUAAUCCACAUUUAAAUAAAAUUUAAAUCAUUGGCUGGGCAGUGUGUAAAUGUUCU